AUCGAUUAGUUGGGUCUGUAAUAGCAGCGGAGUUAGCUAGCAGCAGCAGCAGUUUAUAAGGAGCCGACAUCACCUCAGACUGCCGGUCAUGGGUCUGACCAAGCAGUAUCUGCGCUACGUAGCCAGCGCCGUGUUUGGAGUCAUCGGCAGCCAGAAAGCGAACCUCCGCUACGUGACCCUUCGAGGGGGAGAGCGCGGACGCUAUGUGGCCGUGGCCGCGUGCGAACACGUCUUCAUCUGGGACGUCCGGAAAGGAGAGAAGGUCCUGAUCCUGCAGGGACAGAAACAUGAGGUGACGUUCCUGUGCCCGUCCCCUGACGGCGUCCAUAUUGCUGUGGGCUACGAGGACGGAGCCGUGAAAAUCUUCAGCCUGCUGAACGGUGAGAGCAACGUCUCCUUCAACGGCCACAAGUCUGCAGUCAGUGUCAUGCACUACGACGCGCUCGGGGCUCGACUCGUCACUGGUUCCAAGGACACAGAUGUGAUCGUGUGGGACAUCAUCAACGAGUGUGGUCUGUACCGACUGAAGGGCCAUAAAGACCUCAUCACACAGGCCUUGUUCCUCAAAGACAAGAACCUCCUGGUCACAUGCUCCAAGGACAGUUUCGUGAAGUGGUGGGACUUGGACACACAGCACUGCUUUAAAACCAUGGUGGGACAUCGCAGCGAGGUGUGGGGCAUGGUGCUGCUGAACCAGGAGAGCAGACUGUUAACGGGCUCAGCAGACAGCGAGCUCCGAGCCUGGGACAUCAGCUACAUGGAGGAGGAAAAAGCUAAGAGCGAGCCCAAGGUGAAGAAGGUGAAAACUCUGUUGGAUGAUGAUGAUGAUGAUGAAGAUGAAGACAACAAGGAAGAGGCGGAUGAAAGUAUUGAAGAGCGCAUCCUGAGCUGUACGAAGGCCGGCUCCAUCCUGAGAGAAGCCCGGGACCGAGUCGUGUCGCUGACAGCCGACGCCGGGGCCAGAGUCAUCGCCUGCCAUGGUAAUGACUCCGUCCUGGAGCUCUUCACUGUGCUGUCAGCGGUGGAGGUGGAGAGAAAAAUGACUAAGAAGCUGAAGAAAGCCAAAAAGAAGGCAGCCAAAGUCCAGGAAGAUACCGGGGAGGAGGCAGCAGAGCCGGUGGUGGAGAAGACGUUGAAGGACGAAAUUAUCAGACUAACAAACAUCAAGGCCUCGUCUAAGAUCAGGUGGGUGGACUGUCUGUCGUGUGCAGGCGGUGAGCUGAAGGUGGCGCUGCUGCUGCAGAACAACACAGUGGAAACCUACAGCGUAAAGAUUUCUGACAAGACGCCCGCGGCCAAUAAGACGGCUCGACUCACGCUCGGUGGCCAUCGCACCGACGUCCGCACGGUGGCCUUCAGCUCGGACAACCUGGCCGUCCUCUCGGCCUCCGGAGACACCGUCAAGAUUUGGAACAGGUCAACUCUGCAGGUUAUUCGAACCAUGGCCUGUGAUUACGCCCUCUGCUCCCUGUUCGUGCCUGGAGACAGACAGAUCAUUCUGGGAACUAAGAGUGGGAAGCUGCAGAUCUUUGAGCUGGCCUCAGGAAGCCUUCUGGAAACCGUGGAUGCCCACGAUGGAGCGCUGUGGUCCCUGUGUUUGGCCCCAGACCAGAGGGGGAUCAUCACAGGAAGUGCAGAUAAGACGGUGAAGUUCUGGGACUUUGAGCUGAUAAAGGAUCAAGGCACCAGUCACAAGAGGCUGACGGUGAAACACACGCGCACUCUUCAGAUGGAGGAAGACGUCCUGUGCGUGAAGUUUUCUCCCGACCACCGGCUUCUGGCCGUCUCUCUGCUCGACUGCACCGUCAAGAUCUUCUACACAGACACGCUGAAGUUCUUCUUGUCUCUAUAUGGACACAAGCUGCCUGUGCUUUGUCUGGACAUCUCCCAUGACAACACACUUAUUGCCACCGGUUCAGCCGACAGAAACGUGAAGAUCUGGGGUCUGGACUUUGGCGACUGCCACCGCUCCAUGUUCGCUCACGACGACAGCGUCAUGUUCCUCCAGUUCGUCCCCAAGACUCAUCUGUUCUUCACCGCGGGGAAAGACAGGAAGAUCAAACAGUGGGACGCCGACAAGUUUGAGCACAUCCAGACCCUCGAGGGCCACCAUCGGGAGGUUUGGUGUCUGGCCAUCAGCCCCAACGGUGACCACCUCGUAUCCUCGUCUCACGACAAGAGCCUCCGUCUGUGGGAGAGGACCAGAGAGCCCAUCAUCCUGGAGGAGGAGCGGGAGAUGGAGCGGGAGGCGGAGUUUGAGGAGAGCAUGGCCAAAGGAGACGCACCCGUGGUACCUGGAGAGACUCAGGGUGAAGCAGCACCAGCCGGCAAGAAAACCAUCGAGACAGUGAAAGCUGCGGAGAGAAUCAUGGAGGCUCUGGAGGUUUUUAAAGAGGAAGCCAGGAAGAUGGAAGUGCACAAAUACGCCUGUGAGAACGCAGGCAAAGAGCUUCCUCCACCAAAACCGAACCCUAUUCUCGUGGCCUUUGGAAACGUUUCACCGUCCCGCUACGUGUUAGACGUCAUAAAGAAGGUCAGAUCGAGCGAGCUGGAGAUCUCUCUGCUGGUGCUACCGUUCCCUUACGUCCCAGAGCUGCUCAAGCUUUUCAACAGCUACAUCCAGCAGGGCCUGGAGGUGGAGCUCGUCUGCCGCUGCCUGUUCUUCCUCCUCAAAAUCCAUUUUGGUCAGAUCUCCAGUAACCAGAUGCUUCUCUCUGUCAUCGAUGACCUUCGGAACAAUACGCUGUCAAAAGUGCGCGAAAUCAGAGACGUGAUGGGCUUUAACAGCGCGGCGCUGCAGUUCCUCCAGAGGGAGAUCGAGAGCAAAGAGGAGGUGAUGUUCUUCGCCGAGGCGACGGGUCGACUGGACGAGAAGAAGAAGAAGAAGAGGAAGAGGGAGCGGGCCGUCCUGACCAUCGCCUGAACCACAACGAACUUUCUCUCGACCUGUUUGUGUAUAAACAGACGCUCUCAGCUUCAUUUCAGGAGCUUUUUUUUUUUUUUUUGUUAUGUUAUGUUGUAAAAUCCUGUCCAGAUGUUACAAAAUGUUAUUCAGGGACACGCUUCAUUUCUCAAAUAAACUACGUCUGAGGUUUUCUCACA